AAUCCUUGCUCAGCUAGCCCUUGUCUCAAUGGAGGAACCUGCACGCCCUCGCUUGGCCAUACUCCAGCGUACAGGUGCCAAUGUGAUCUUUGGUUCGAAGGCACAGAAUGCGAUGUUGCUUUGCAACUACUAAUCAUCAAUCCGCAAAGGACUGGGAUUUGGGUCGCUAAUAUGAGCGACUUUCUGUUCUCGAGUUUCGUAGACUUCGGCAACUCCGCCCAGAUCGUAACUAUGAUCUUCGAUGACACAACUGAUACACUUUACUGGACGGAUUUGGUUAAAGGAACCAUGUCAAAGGCGUACGAACCUAUGGAGUUGGACGUUAGGAUGCAUAAGAUGGGAUGGGCGAACUGGACGGUACUAUCUGCUGAUAUUGUAGUGUCAGGACUGUACGAGUGUUUAACUUUGGACAUCAAGAAACAGCAACUUCACUGGAUGACAUACCCAGAUGGACAUAGCCAACGAGCAGUACGACAAGAAGGAGCCGUUUCCAAUCCUGUAGAAUUAUCGCGAGUCCCGAUGAGCGAAAGCUAUGUCAUUGAUCAGCGACGAAGAUAUCUCUACACUCUUCAUCGAGCCUAUGGGAUUCAUCGAAUCAAUCUUGAUGACGGGCAUACAACAAAGCUAACAGGCCCACUAGAAGGAAGACUGUUUAAGGGAAUGACCAUAGAUGAAGAAGGAGAACGAUUGUUUUGGACGCAAGCCUUUCUAACCCAAAUUGCAUGGUUUGAUCUGAAGAAAAUACAAGGCCCGUUCACGCUCAUCAACUUCGAAAGCACGGAUAUGAGGCUGGGGCUGGGGAGUCUUCUCUUCGUGCCCUCUGGAUGGCUAGUAUGGCUAAACAUGUCGGAAGAUCAAGUCUGUAUCGCACGGGCUGAAGUUGAUUCCGAAACAAGGUUUUGUGUCUCUACCAGUGUCGAUGGUUUACCCCGUCGCUUACGGGGGCACCAAAACAAAGCAUUAGCUCUGCGACGGAUAUAAGAUGGAGGUUUAGUUAUCUCAUAUUUUAAACAUUCGCAACUCCUUUAUUAUUGGCAUGAUUUAUUUCAAACUUUCGCCAUUUUUUUUGGUUAUCUUUCUGCUUCUAUACUAGUGAUGUUAUUACAAGGGUUGGAUUGCCCUUUAAGAAAUGUUUCACCCUAUCAAAACUCCCAACUUCUGACUUGAUAAUAUACUGGUCGUAAUGUCUCGACUUUAUGCACAGGGCCUUGUUUUUAAUAAACAAAACAAAAGUGGUUCAAAAAGUUGAUAAAUUCAAAUAACUUUUGAAUGUUUUGUUUUUGUACAAACACACACAUACCGUCCACGAAAAUCGCGACACGACUGUCGAUAGCCGACAGUCACUCUUUUCCCGAUUGAAAAUAUUAUCAGAUUUUUGUAGUUUUUAGGGGGCGUCUGGCAACCCGCCCCGACAUAAAGUUUUUAUUUUCUUUUUCGGUGAGUGGGGUGAGAGUGUGUGUUCUGUAAUAUGAAGUCAUACAUGUUUGGAUGGGGUCAUUUGUUUUAUGUUACAACUGAUUUCAUUACAAUCUAUGUAAUGAAAAUGUUUUGAAUUCACAUUCUUAUAAGUUAUGUCCAAAUUCAUUUGAUAGUACAUUGCCACUCGACGGUAAAAAAUCAUUUAGUAUCUCCCAUGUAAAUGUAUGUUCGUUCGAUGUAAUUGCAUUUUCAGAAGUAUGGAGAGUUUUAGAAAAAUCAACCUUGGAAAUGGAAGGUUAUGUAUUGGAGGUAAAGUGCCGGGAUGGUAGAGAAAGAGGAGGAGGGUAGGAGCUUAUAUUCGUUCUAAUUUGAAAUACGUCGUGAAAGAUUAUACAGUGAAGCAUACAGAAUCAAUCUGGUUUGAAAUAAACAACGGAGAAUUUCAGAAGGUGAUGGUAGGUGUUUUAUAUAGGAAACCAAAUACAGAUGUUAAAGAGUUUCAAGAAAGUCUUCUCACGGUUUUAGAAGACAUUAAAGUUGACGGACGCAAUAGCAUUAUAAUAGGAGAUUUAAAUAUACAUUCAUUGAGAAGGGUUUUCAACUGCGAUGAAAUGCGUAGGAAUGGAGCAGAAAAUAGAAUAUCCAAUACGAGUAACCAGUGAGUCUGUAACAUUAUUAGACCAUAUAUACACUAACAUGAACUAGUAUGAUAAUCACUCGGGUGUUAUAGGAUGUGAUAAUUCUGAUCACUACCCUGUGUUCAUGAUUUUAGCAAAUCCUUGUAGUCUGAAGCAGCAGCAUUAUUCACAGACUGUAACUUACAGAUGUUAUAAAAACUAUGAUGUACAAAACUUUAAAGAUGAUCUUGCUGGGCAACACUGGCAGCACAUCAAUAACUGUAAAGAUGUUAACAUGGCAUAUUCCAUUUUUCAUAAUAUGUUUAAUAAUGUGUGUAAUAAACAUGCACCGAUCAAAGAGAAAAGAAGCUGCAAAGGAUGCGCUUAAAAAAAACCUUGGAUAACCAAAUCAAUAAUGAAGUCUGUUCGAAAAAAAUACAAAUUGUUUUUAAAAGUAAGGAAAUCUAAUUUUGAUGUAAGUGAUUUACAAAAAUUUCGGAACUACAGAAAUGUAUUAACGACUGUUUUUCGCAAUGCCAAGAUAAAUUAUUACAGUGGUUUGCUAGCUGAGAACAGCAAUAACACUAGUAAAACGUGGAACAUCAUAAAUGAAUUACUAUCUGGGAGAAAUAAAGGUAACAAAGGUACUAAGGUAGAAAAACUUAUAAGGCGUAUUAAUGGAAAUAAUUUCUUUGUAAACAUUGGUCCAAAUCUAGCAUCAGCAAUACCAAAGGAUACCCACAUUUUUUGAAGAUUAUUUGAAUAAUAUUGUAAUAGCAAUCCAUUUUUUGGAAACCGGUCACAAUGAAGGAAGUUCAUGACCACAUGUUGGCUCUAGACGAGAAUAAAGCUUGUGGUUACGACAAUAUUCCAGUACGCCUGAUUAAGGAUGGUGCAUUUUGGCUGAACCAUCAACACAUAUCUUCAAUCUUUCAUUGGAAACAGAAAAUUGCUAAAGUGAGUCCACUGUUUAAGAAAGGUAAUAAACAUGAAACAGGGAAUUAUAGACCCAUUUCUGUCUUACCAAUUUUGGGUAAAGUAUUAGAAAAAAUAGUUAAUGCUCGAUUGACCAGUUUUCUAGAAACGCAUGACAUUUUAUAUCACCAUCAGUACGGAUUUAGAAAAAAGUAUAGUACUAAAUUAUCAUUAAUUAAUCUUAUGAAUACGGUAUUGAAAAGUAUAGACGAAGGAUGUGUUACGCUUGGUGUGUUUCUUGACUUUCAAAAGGCUUUUGACACAAUAAACCAUAACAUAUUAUUUUAAAAGCUAUCGCAUUAUGGCAUCCGAGGACAUGCACUGAAAUGGCUCGAAAGCUAUCUUAGUGACAAAAUGCAGUUUGUGAAAUACAAAGAGUCAUCAUCAGAAAGUAGAUAUAUCAAAUGCGGUGUACCACAAGGUUCUGUCUUAGGACCAACUCUGUUUUUAAUCUAUAUAAAUGACUUGCCAACUGUGACAAAUUAUUUCAAUUUCAGACUAUUUGCAGAUGAUUCUAAUAUUUUUCAUACUUUUCCCAAAGGUGGAGAUCAAAUAGAUGAGUGUGAAGUAAAUGAAAAUUUAAAAUCAAAACAGAAUUGGUGCACUGCAAAUAAGCUUACUAUCAAUGCGUCAAAAACCAUUUC